CUGAUCCUCCUGGUCACGGGACGGAACCCGAAGCUCUUUUCGGACCACCCAGCCGCCCGCCCGAACCGGCCCGGCCUCUUGGGCAACAUGUCGUCUCUCAAACCUGGACAGGACAUGGGCCCGGCGUUCGUUGGAAUCCAGGGGGCGAUGCUCCUACUAUCCACCAUCGCAGUCGCCGCCCGCGUCUACACUUCGGCUUGCUUGACUAAGAUCUUCCGAUUCGAAGACGGCUUGGCCGUCGUUACACUCCUUGCCUUUGCCUACCUUACAGUCGUUGGCUGUAUAGGCGUCGCUUAUGGAAUGGGCCGCCAUGUGGCCGACGUCGCACCGGACCAGCGCGUCAUAGCACUCUUUUACAAAUACCUCUGCAUGUCCGGCUACGUCCUCGUUUCGGGCCUUGUCAAAUUCGUUGUCGGCAUCUACCUUAUCCGGCUGUUCCGCAACUCGCGUCAAAGAUGGCAAAGCUGGACGCUUAUCGCGCUGCUGGCCAUGGUCGGUAUCGCCAAUAUCUUCUACUUUUUCGUUGCCAUUUUUCAAUGUUCUCCAAUUUGGUUCUUUUGGCGCCGUUACGACCCACCCUUUGCGGACGCUGGCAGUUGCUUCAAGCCGCCGAUGGCUCUGGGGUCGACGUACACGGUUACUAUCGUCAACAUCGUCGCCGAUUUAGCGCUGGCGUUGAUGCCUAUUUCCCUCAUGUGGAACGCCAAGCUCGACAGGAGGACAAAGUUUUCCGUCGUGGGUAUUUUGGCGCUCGGCUCAGCUUCGUCCCUCGUGACUAUCAUCCGCGUUCCAUACCAGAAGCAGCUGCUUAGCAACCCGGAAUACCUGAGAAGUUUUAUCGAGCUCGGCAACUGGUCGUCGGUUGAGAUCGGACUUGCCAUCAUCGCAUCGUCGGCUGCCACGCUCCGGCCCCUGUUCCGCAAAUUCAAGCUCCUGGCCGCCGAGGUCCGCUCCACCACCAGCCAGAACGGCCGCGGCGGCAGGCCGGAGCAAGGCGGCGGCAGCGGCAAGAAGCCCAAGCCGGGGGUUGAUGAAAGCUUUGCCGGCACCACCCUGGAGGGCUCAGCCCUGCACUCGCGGUCCAAGAGCACGCAGUUUAUCCUGGGCACGGACGAGAAGAAAAAGGUGGCCACUAGAGGCGGCGCCCUGGCUAGCGAUGGCGGCACACUCACCAGCUUCAGCGAAUACUCGCCCAAGGACUAUUCGCCAAAGGACUACUCGCACAAGGACUACUCGCACAAGGAUUACUCACGAAAAAUAAACAAUGCCAUCGAAAUCAACACGUCCAUCACCGUCGACAUCGAGAAGCGCGCAGGGGGCGCCCCGAGCCCCGGAAGCGGCGUCAUCGUCUUUGAUCCAACAGCUGUCGAGCCAGAAACCUUCUACCGCGAAAACAGCCAGGAGGAGCUGCGCCAGGACCGAGAGUGGCAGUCCAUCGACUGGAAUGCUCCGCCCGGGUUCGCCGCCGCGCGACGAGCAUUAUGGCGCUUGUCGGCGUCCAAAUCGCCGGCCGGGGCCCUGGCGGACCUCGAGUCCGCCCCGGAAAGGCGGUUCAACAUCGUGCAGCCCGCCGUCGACCCGAACGGCGGGGCGGGGGCGCCGCGGAGGCCCCCGUUCCCGCGCCGCGAGUCCUCGGUCUGCGCGACCUCGCGGACCAUAGGGCUGCCGCUCAUGCGGUCGCCGCCGCGGACGCCAAAGGCCCCUUCGCUAUUUGAAGGAGAGUGGCCGCUGGCAGAGCCGCUGUCGCCCCCCGCACUGCCCCCGCUGGCAAGGCUUUCUUCCAUACUUUCACACAUGUCCCUGGAAGAGGAUCCCGAACGUUAAUAGGGGCAUUUUGCUGCAUAGCAAGCUCCGUCAUGGUCCGGCGACCAACUUUAUUUCCUUGGUAAUUCUUCAACCCUUCUCUUCGCUGUACCCUCUUCUCUGUACUUUUUUUCAGCAUGGAUUAUCGGGGUUCUGGGCGAAAUCUCAGUUUCUUGCUUGUCACGUAGAAACUGUGGGCGUUUUUUUACCCUUUCUUGUGUGUAUAUGCACCACGGUGGUAUGAUUGAGUUUUAUAAUAAUAGUAACUAAAAGCUAAAAGUGUACCGAGGGCGGUUCCCUCACGCUACACAAUAAAACCAU